AUUUGAAAAUGGGCAGCAAGAAGAAGAAAGCUGCGUCGGUGUUCAUUAGGCUCGUCUCAGCUGCCGGGACCGGUUUCUUCUACGCCAAGAAGAAGAAUCCCCGCAAGAUUCAAGAGAAGCUUGAGUUCCGGAAGUUCGAUCCCCGCGUCAAUCGCCAUGUUCUCUUCACCGAAGCAAAGAUGAAGUGAGUGCGAGUAAACUCUUCUGGAUCCACAUGUAGCUAGUUUUCGCUAGACGAUCGAGAUUGCUUGUAGCGGAAUCGGAAAUAAACAGAUACCAUACGACACCCUGUGCUUCGUCUACUAUGAGUACCAUUUAAGUCAAUGAGCUGUGGACUCAAUCCUUCCAUGUUCACAUCAGCCCUUCAGUCCAUUGAUUCUUUUCCCAUUUAUAAGAUACCAUGCUCCAUGAAAAAUUCGAUGCUGUUUAAAUGUUCCUAUUUCCGUUAAGGGCAUCUCCGAAGCAUCGGGUAAACGUUAGGCGGUUUUGUUUCGA